AUGAUAAAAAACAACCCAACUAUCACAUCCACUGAUGCCUUCAAACUCUUUGAAACUAGAUUUGGGCAAAACUCAGGUUACACCAGGGCUUCGAUAAUGGGAAAAUUUAAUUCAACCAAGAAAUUCUCCCAAUUGAAUGUCAAGAAAUCUACUAUAAUCACAACUACUCCUGAUCCAUCACCUAUAAUCCAACCUGUUGAAGAUGUUCAAUUACAAAAUGUAACUCCUGACAAACAUGGCUCAGCUGAGGGAAAUAAUUCCACCACUACUACGACCACUACCACUACCACCACCAAUAGAAAUCCACAGAGUCCUAGUAUGUCUGUCCAAACUUCACCAUCAUUGGUUGGAAUACCCUCUUUCUUGGAUUCAGUCGAAGAAGACAACAUGAACUUCCAUUCUCCACUAGAUGAUCUUAUAGAGGCUAACAGAGCAGAACUAACCUCAGCCUAA